AUGCCUCCCCCAAGGUCCUCGCCCGCGUGCCUGUCACGCUCGGCCUUGAUCGUCUUUUCCAUCCUCUCCCUCGCGACAGCCGCCGACAAGAAGCCUCCGCAGACGCCCAUUCUCUUCAACGAUACGCCAGAUUCAUUGUCCAAAUUGACGGAUAAGGUGAUCGCGGCGCAGAAGGCAGUAGUGGACAAAACAAUCAAAGAGGUGCGUAUAUGUGGGUCGCGAAAUCUCCGCCGUUGCCCUCUAGCAACCACCUUCUCACAUUUCGCAGGUGAAACUGGAAGAUGCCGACUGGAAGAACGUCAUCUGGCCAUACCUCUCAUUCGAAGACGAAGCCUCUCUUGCGACUGGUGCAAUUGGUCUCUAUCAAUCCGUAGGCAAUGCUGAGCUGCAGAAAGCCUCCAAUGACGCAGCCACCAAAUUCAACGCGGCUGGCCAAAAGGACGUACUCAUCCCACAGUACUUCCGACUCAUCGAUGCGGUGUACAAGAAGUACAACAAGACGAAUGGCCAAGACGAUGAUGGGUAUGAGUAUCCAGUAUCCCUGACCCGCAGGCAAGCGGUCGAUGGGAGGCUACCGUUGGAUGAAUGGCGGAUACUGGGAGGAAUGUGGCAGGGCUAUGUGGACGCCGGCCUCAGUCUCACGGACAAGGCCAAGUUUGCACGACUGCAAGAGAUUGAUCGCCUUCUGGUGAAGCUUCAGACCGAUUCCUCACAGGCGGUCAUCGAUGACAAUACCAUCGUGUGGCUAACGCCCAAGGAACUCGAUGGCGUCCCGAAAGACAUAUUGGACGCGAUGAAGAAGGGUAGCGGAACCGACGAGGGCAAGCUGGGUCUUCCACUCAAAGGACCGCUUGAAGCAGGAGCUGCACCAUACAUUAAGGACGGCAGUGUAAGGCUGAAGGUCGCCGUUGCUAUCGCGAACCAGGCGCCCAGCAACGUGGAUCGUCUUCAACAAAUGGUGGCCUUGAGAGACGAAAGAGCUCGAAUCUUGGGCUGGCCCAAUUUCGCCGCAUAUGUAAGUGUACUGACAGUUCGUCCUCCGCAGGCGAUGUGGCUGACCUGCUGCAGCGAAUUCACGACAACGUGGCAGAUGAUGUUACUCGAGUCAACAAGUUUGUCGAUGACGUCCGCCAAAAGCUCUUCAAGCCCAAUCAAGAUCAACUGAAGAUAGUGAGAGAUUUCAAGCUCUCCAACGGUAGCUUUCCGCCUGGAACAUAUGAGAAUAGGACCUUCGACGACAACAAGCUUUGGAGAUGGGACGUGGGUUACUACGCCCGACUUUACGGAGAGCAGGUGGACAAAGUCAUCGACGACGAUAUCAAGGAGUACUUCCCCGUCGACUCGACGAUACAACGAAUUCUGGAUAUGUACUCCAGGAUCUACGGGUUCGAGUUUCAUCCGAUCAAAGGCACAGACCUCGACGAUCUGUCGCCGACCGGAAACGGCACGGACUUGGUAUGGCACCCUGACGUGCAGGUGUUCUCGGUCUGGAACACCCAGGGUGGUGAUUUUGCCGGCUAUCUUUAUCUUGAUCUUUUCUACAGGGAGGGUAAAGGCGGUGGCGCCUACCAAAUUCCAAUCCGACCAGGCUUCCUGUAUGAGAACGGCACGAGGGCGUAUCCAUCGGCAGCCCUUGCCGCCAACUCGCGCAAAUCAACCGGAGACAUACCGUCGCUGCUCUUACACUCCGAAGUUCAGACUAUCUUGCAUGAACUCGGACAUUGCAUGCAUUAUCUUUCAUCAAAGGUUCGUUUCAGCAGGUUGCAUGGGCCUCCCGGCUGUCCACCAGACUUCUUCGAAGCGCCGUCACAAAUGAUGGAGAACUACAACUGGCAGCCAUCGGUGAUCAAGUAUCUCUCGAAGCACUACUCCCACAUCUCGCCCGCGUACCUUGAAACCUGGAAGAAAGACCACAAAGACGACAAUAAGGACCUGAAGCAACCCCCAGAGACCAUGCCCGAGGAGAUGAUCAACAACCUCGCCAAAUCGCGCUUUUCUUUGAGUGCCUAUAGCACGCUCGGACAAAUCUUCUACGACACCUUCGACCUGCGGGUCCACGAGCAACCGUCGCAGCAAGCCGCCAAGACAGUCGACACCUCGCUUGUCUGGAACCAUCUGACCAGGGAACUGUUCGGUCUCGACGGCGCCGAAGUGCUCGAUACCAAGAAAUGGAAAUACGGACACGGUGAGAGCACCUUCACACACAUCAUGGGCGGCGGCUACGAAGCUUCAUACUACGCCUACAUGUGGAGCAAGGUCUAUGCAGACGACAUCUUUGUGACUGCAUUCCAGCAGGAUCCCUUUUCCAGUGAGGUGGGCGCGAGGUAUCGCAAGACCGUGCUGGAACCCGGCGGAAGUAAAGAUUAUGAGACGAUGUUGAAGGACUUUUUGGGGAGGAAGCCGAACAAGGUGGGUUUCUACAAGAUGCUUGGGUUGGAGAAUGCCGGGGGCGGGGAAUUGUGA